AUUUUACCAGUAGAUGUCACACUAGUAGUUGCUGAAAGAUUGCGCAUGUCAAAACACUGUCAGUUUGUCAGUUCGUUCACUCACAAAAAUUUGCGAUUUUCUCUCAAAAACGAGUCGAAUUGUGGAAAUAUACGGACGUGGUGGCUUAGGGAAGAAUUUCCGGAGGCCGAAAUCUGUGUCUUCAGUGAAAUUCCUGAACCAAACAAACCGUGGACGCUAAAGUGUAGUGUGAAAAUUUGCAAUCGCAGAUCUUCGAAAUAAGACAAUUUUCCUCAGUUUUCCUGGUGAUUUUCAGUCUUUCAGUGUUGAAUCUGGCUUACUUUGUGUUUUAUUUACAUUCCUGGCACUAUGUGACCGCGUAGAAGCGUUGGUGUUGAGUGGUGUUGUCUAUUUUUGACUCGGAAUCGUUCUAAAAUUAUCACACCAGUGAAUUUUGUUUUGAUGUGUUUAACUGCUAGCGGAUACACCACAUUGCAUGCAUGGCGUCGCCAAUGAAAGCGCGCAGCCGACACGACCGCCCGCUACCAGCCAUCUCGCGAUACUGAACUCAAAACACGAACAAUGCAAUCCGUCGACCCACCGUCCGAAACACCUGACAAUCAAAACCCAACCCAAAGACUAUCGAGCUUAAAUACCAAAUUGGCGCAUCGUGGUCAAUGUUUCAACUUAAAACAAAGACCACGUGAAAAUUUUACAGCCACCCCCUUUUUUAUAUAAUACGUGUAACUUGUAGUUGUAUUAGCUGCCUUCUUGUAGUCACUUUAAGGUCCAAUUCCGUGUGUUAGUUGAUGGUUGUCAUAUCCCCUUUUGGAAAUUAUUAGAUUGGUGUUUUUGAAUUAGUGCUGUAUUUUGUUCGGUUUUUGGAAGCCUCGAUUUCUACUAGUGUUACCAUGGAAACGUCAGAUGUGGAGAAAACUUACCCCGCCCCCGAGGAGAGAGAGAGCGGGCCUCUCCACAGAAAUAGGAGCUUCAAAUCCAAGCAACUGGUGCGAAGUCAGGCCAUCCGCGAGUCAGCAUCGCCCCCCCGCACCGUCUCCCCCCUACCCCCCGUUAAAAACAACGCGCAACACGUUAACAACAGAAACAACGGCCAACACGUUAACGUUAUAACUAACAGUGCUAACGUUAUCAACAGAAACGACAGUCAACACGUUAACGUUAUAACUAACAAUAACAAAGAAAACGUUAUAACGGUUAAUAACAAUAACGGUAAAAGUGUUAAGGAAAGAACGAUAAGUGAAGUGGAAAGUGAUACGUCUAGUCAAGUCAGUAGGGUCAAGUGUAGUGAUAGUGUUAGUGCUAGUAAUAGUGUAAGUGAUGACGUGAGGAAACAACCUGUCGAGAUACAGAUAACGCAAGGCUGGGACACGGAAACGGAGCCGGCGCACGGAGCGCGCCCCAGCCCGCACACACAGCUGCUGUCGAACCACCCGCGCGUCGCCUGCGUCUGUGGCGCCGACUCCAGAGACUGCAGGGGUCGCCGGCGAAAAUACACUCAGAAGCAAGACUCCGGGAUAUCAGACGAGUGUCCAGACUGCUCCGAUAAUGAACUAUUAGGUGAUACAAAUGACAAUACGCUUCGAAAAUCGUCUAGUCUCGACCUUGAGGAAGACCAGAGCUACUGCAGAUGUCCGGACAAAAAGGAGACACCCAAGCAUAUACCCUUCACCAGGGCUGAUUCAGACGAGCGAGCCGAACUCCACGGCCAAGAACUGAUCAACUUCAUCAGGACCACGCUCUCCCGCAACCCGCGCGACCGCACCACCCUGCUGCGGAUAGAACGCGAGCUGCGACAACUCAUUAACGACACCAGCCGCUGCGUGGUACGCUUCCCAGUGAUGACGUCGUACGGGCGCAUGCUGGUGCACCGCUGCGCCGCGCUGUUCCAGCUGCAGCACCGCAUCGACCCCCACAACAAGGCGUGCGUCGUCGUGUCCAAGAGCGGGACCAGCGGCGGGCGAGUCCCGUGCACCGGGUUCCGCCAGUGGUGCGCGCCGAGCCACAGCCACAGCGAGCAGCACAGGACCCACGAGCAACACAAAUCGAUCCUCAAACGCGACGCGCAGUCGCUCGACUCGUCGCACGACAGCGGCGGCGCUUCCAACUGCCGCAGCAAGUCUCUAGAGCAGAGAGAGAGGGAGUACGAGCGAGCGAGACGCAGGAUAUUCAGCACCGACAACUGCUCCCAAGACGAGUCGGCGUGGCCGUGGCUGGGCCCCGUCAAAGUGUUGACGCCUGAGGGCGGCGGGAGGAAUAAACUGUUGAAAGUGCAGUCGCUAGAGUCCAGCAACGCCCCACAGUCCUGGAGGAAGCCUCAAGUGUCUAAGAGCCACAGCUUCGGAGGAUAUGAUGACCAGCGCCCGCAGCCGCGACUGCUUAGUCGACAAGGAGACCUGGCGUCGAGCAGCUGGCGUCUGUCUCCGUCCAGCUCCGGAUACAAGACGCUCAGUCUGAGGAGCACCGAUUCAGUUACGCCGUCGCCUACUGGCGGAGUGAGUCCCGAGCCGACCACGCAGGCGCCGGGCGCUUUGCUGUGGGCCUUCACUGAUUUGUCCUGCGUGCCGAAAGGAGCACUCAUUAUACAUCCACAGACAGGUCAGCCGCUGACAAACCCAGACGGCAGCGUGUACCACUACGAUCCAAGCAACCCGCCUGUAGUGUACGAUGAACCAGUAGACGAUGAAGAUAAGGCUGAUCAAAAUAACGAUAAAAGGCGGGGACGGCUAGAGAAACAACAUUCAUUUAUCGACGCAGAGUGCGAGCUCCCACCAACGCAUGAAGAUAGCGCCAAUCAGUUCUUCUGUGACUGUCAGAGACCGGAAAGUUGCGAGAAUAGGGCUUGUGACAAGGUAAACACAAUCCGACAGCAAGAAAUACCGAUCCAAGCGCCACCUAGCCCGCUAAAAACGCACUACCAACCGGAAGUACCGCCGGAACCAGAGCCGACCAAUCCGACGCCGCCGUACGAGCCGCCGACCAAUCACAGGCCAGUGGCGCCCGAGCCCGCCAAUCAGAGGGCGGUGUGCGAGCCAAUGAGCAAUAGGCAGAGUGAAGUUACUAGUCAGAGGGUGAAGGAGGAGAGUUUUGUUCAGCAAAGUUAUGCUUCUUACGAAAAUGAGUUGCAGAGCAACUCCCCCCAAGUGCAGCAGCAGGCGGCGGCCUACAUACAGGGUGUGCAGCCAGUCGCGCUCAAGAGUACUCCGGUGCACGUGCAGGACCCUAAUAUACGAUUUAUCAUGUUUGUUUCAGGACCGAUGUCUCUAACAGGCCUGAUGUACCCGGGCGCCAUGCCGCAGCAGCAGUACACCUAUACCAACCAGUGCAGGGUGGAGGCGCCACUGCAGCCGCCGCUGUACCAGCCAGUGGCGCCGCCCGGCGGCGACGAGCCGAAACAGAUGACACACGAAGAACCUGCCUUCCGGAUAGACGCGAGCUACCCGUACGGCCCCAUAGAGCCGUACGCCCACUUCGCUCAACCCUUCCAGGCCUGCGCCGUGGAGCCCCCGCAGCACAGGAACUACGGAGUGACCUACACGCAGCCGGUAGAGCAGACGGUGAUGCCGGCCGCCUACCCGCUGGGGAAUGUGAUACUGCCGCAGCACUACCCGCAAGCACAGUACCAACCGGUCCAACAACUGCAAUGGCAGAACAUCCAGCCAAUCAUAACCACCCAACCCUUACCCCCCUCCUGCGCCACCCCUCUCCAGAAACCAGUUACCCCCCCUAACAUGUACCUUCCACAACCAGACUUACCUUUAUACCAACCAGUAUACAACCAGACCCAACCUAUAACCUACCCAAUUGUCCCAUACCAAGGGUUUUACCAGCCAAUGAUUCAACAAGUCAUCCCACAACAGUAUUACCAGCCAGUAUACCAUACCAUAGACAAUAAUAUGGCUAGACGAAACAGUUUUAAAUUCGAUAGAAGGUCGAAUAACAGUUCAAGGAACACGCCGCUAGAGGUCGCUACAGAUAAAGUGCCUUACGACAGAGACAGCAACUUUAAAAAGUUUACGAAGCAAAAUAGCUACCAGGAUUUCCAGGACAAACGACGAACGUUUGUGAGAACCAAUUCGGUGCAGGACGCGGAAAUUUCUAGAAGGAAUUCGCAAGAAUUGGCCAUGAAGAUACAACAGAUUAAAGAACAAAUGGCUUUGAUGAAUACUCAAGAGAAUGAGGCUAAAGUGCAAGAGUUACCUCCUCCGAGGGUAGAUAAAAAGCCAGAGGAGGUUAAAAGGAGGAACAAUGGUAACGGUAUUUUGGGGAGUUAUCCGGCGGCUGUGAACGCGGGGUAUGCGCCGCAUCAGCAUCAAAAUCAGUUUAUCAACAUGUCGGUUCCGAACGAGGAGUCGCAGCUGAGCUCGGCCGCGCUAGCUAUAGUGAACUCUAUCCGGAACAUACAGACCAAGAAUAACCACUACCACCAAAACGAGAACCGCCGCGACUACCAACCAAAACACCACAACUCAGAAAACUACCACCACAAGCACGACUACAACCAAAACUACCAAAACGGUAGAAACCGCUACCACCGCUCUUUCGACCAUGACAACAAGGAGGCAAAUCCUACCACUUCCAGUACUAAUUCUACCAAAGAGGACAGGAAUGACGGUAGAAGAGAACACGGGUUUGGAAGGAGGUAUAAUAAUGUGCCGUUCCAGUAUAGACAACAGUAUGUUUUUAGACAGAUGUCCCCGGCAGGCACUUGGUGCAGGCGUUCCCCGGCCCCCGUGCCGAAUUCUAUGAACGCCCCGCGCCGCCCGCCGCCCGACCACAGAAACCAACGCCGAUAACAACACACAGACACACACACAUAUCUUACGUUGUAAGCAUUAUUACAUAAUUUUAGGCGCAUCCGGUUAAAAGAACAGGUUAUGUUGCAGUUGCAGC